AUGCCACGGCCAGACACGCAUCAGAAUCGUAGUAACGAAGCACGCCAGCCAGAACCUAUGAACUCGUGGCCAGCUGCUCAGGACUUCGACGAUGAUAGGUAUAUUGGGCAAAAUCGACGCAUGAGCAAUACCAUUGACAGUCGCCAGGCUCACGACCGAGCUCGCCAGGACAUCGACCACGAAGGCAAAGCACCGUCAUCUAGCAAAAGCUCGAAAAGAUGGUAUUCUGCUCUUCCCUUCGGUUCUGACUAUGCUGGAGUCUCGAACACGCAGUCUAGCAAGCGCUCUUAUGUGAGCUCAUCGAUUCAUGACGAAGCUCUAAAUCGUAUCAACGAGCUCGAAGAUGCAUUGCGAGACCAACACGAGCUCCAAAGACGGCUUCAGGCCGCAGAAGCCGAGAUACAUUGGUUGAGAGGACAGAACAUCCAUCUCAAGAAGAGUAUUGCGGAGUCGACCCGCAACACACAGCAGCCGUCUGAUGGCCAGAUCAAGGAUGAGUUCAACCAGCUGUUCUAUAAGGCGUCCGCAUUUGCUCGCCAUCUAUCUGGCAAGGUCCAGAUUGACAUCAAAGCAAUUGAACAGGACGGUGAUGAUUGGAUCCAUGCCCUGCUACCAUGCUACCAGCUUUAUCCUCGCGACUCCAGCCACUGGACCAUCAUGGGCAUUAUAUCGCGGACCAUCGUCAAGUCCUUCCAGACGUUGCGCUAUUUUGGAGUCGCGAAAGAUGGUCCAGUCGCCGCCGCUAUGAACCUUGUUACGAUGUUGGGCUCUGAACCGACCCCUGAUGAACGGCGUUGGCUAUGCCAGACAAUGGCUAUGCUGAAUCAUUAUCACCCCCUGGCGAUAACCGAUGCAAAUGAAGCCCUCGUUCAGCAAAUGACGAAGCACGUGGAUGCAAGACUGUCGGACGUGAUGCAAUUGGACUGGAGCAAGGAUGAAACACAGGAGAUGGCCAAAAUAUUUCGCGCAGCUCUGAGCUUUGUGAGAAUGCUUCACAACCAUAGUGCAACCUUCCGUGUCUCUACAAUCGAAGCUUACAUGAAACACAAAACCACCGGUAUGAUGGAGAAUCGGCCUUUCAACGCCGAAGUAAUGCAGGAGAUGAUCGAACAGGAGGACGAAGACAAGCUUGCCGGACGGCCGCUAGCAGCGACAGUGUUUCCAAUCGUAUUCAGAUGUCGCGAUGAAAUGGGGAACAAUCUUAGCAGAGAGGUUGCGGUUGUGCGAGCUAGGGUCGUGGUCCCGACCAGUCCUCCAAUGCAGGUACAGGAGACCAGCCAGAACAUGCAGACAGCGUCAGAGCGAUGCGACUUCGUCGCUGGUGAUAUGGCUCACGAUAGCCAAAGGGCGGCCGAGAGCGCGGCCUUUGUACCUGAGCAACGUAUACUAAUCAUGCAGCAAAACCAAAUCGAUUGGAAAGCAUUGGCUGUGGAGGGUGCGCGUGCGACGCUGCUCUCAUCGGCCAUCCCAUCCCACGACGCUGCCGAUUCGCCCACCUUCGAACACGAACCUGACACCACUCGAGUACCUGUUCCAAAUGGGUUGUCAAAUGUCGAUACGAUCAUGGCGGAUGCUUAUGACCAAAACGUCUUGCCGACCGUGACUCCGAUUUCUAGGCAUCUCGUUGCACAAGGGUCAGUAGGUAUGGAAACAGAAGAGGCCAUGAAUGUGCGUGCGAAAUUUGCGCCGAGUCCGUUGUCUAUGAACAACAAGCUGCAGGGUACAGAGAAGAUCGAUCUAUCCCAAUCAGAUCAUGACUCUUACGCCAUCUGA